AUGGAAUGUAAAGAUGUUCAAGCUUUGGAACUUGAAGACGAAGAGCAAGAGCCAAGUACAACGGAUCAAAAUGAGCAAAUAAAACAUCUUUCUUCAUAUCAUGUUGCCUCUUUUCACUCCCAAUUAUCCGAGCCAGCAAAAAAAAUAGGAGAAUUAGGGGCAGAAGAGCUACCUCUUCUGCAGGUUGGGCAAAUCUAUAUAAAGAAUGCAACAGGAUUAUCUAUUCUCAAUCAAAGAAAGCAUACUCAUUUACCUCAAGCCUCUAAUAUGACUCUUUAUAACACACAUGAUACUAAGAAAGUGAACUACCUCGUCUCAGGGGAUACCCGUAGGAAAGAAGGCUUUGCCCAUACAUCUACAGAGGCUUACAAGGGAUCUCGGGAAUUUCCAUUGGACACAUAUAAAUAUAAAUAUAAGACCGAUGAUGGUAGCAUUUUAGAAUUUGAUCGCGGACAUUUGAUUGACUAUGCGGAUGGGGAUAAAAAUUCCAACGCAGAUAGAGAAAAUUAUAGUCCACAGGUUAGCUUUUACAAUCGACACAUCCGAAAUCAUCUUGUAAAAGGUAUUAGGGAUAAAAAGGGAGCUUUUAAAGAAAUAAGCAUUUAUGAUGAUAACCCCAUUCUGAUUGAUAAUCAAACGCCCCUUCCUAUCGGUUUUGUUUUUAUGGUAUUUAAAAACCAUAUAAAAGAAUGUACCUAUUACUUCCCCAACUUAAUUAAUUAUAGAAUCGUAAAAGAUGAAGAUGGUUAUACACUAAAAGGAUACCAUGCAUUUUGUGAUUUAUUCGAGAUUAAUGAUAGUGGAGCCUUCAAAAAUAGUAUCGUUGAACAAGGAAAUACUGAGGAGCAUUUCGAGGCUAUUAGAUAUCAUUCAUCGAUAGGUUAUGGAGUUCUUUAUGGGCAUUUUCAAUUUGUCCCUAAAGAGCAUGGAGGUAUUCCUAUAAACGCUCAGGUAGCCCUUCAUAAAAUGGUUGCCUUACAUCAUUUAGACCAAUCAGGAGAGCUUGAAUAUGGAGGGAUAGAAUGGAAAGCCGCACUUGUUCGAGUAUUUUCGAGUCGAACGAAGUAUUUGGCUCUUGAUAGAAUGGAUCCAGUAAAAAAAGCAGCCCGUCUAGAGCAAGCUGAAAAAUUUUUUGACGAACUCUCUAAAGUAGGAAUGUCUGAAGAUGAUUAUAGUGUCAUUGGCUUUUUAAAUCAAGAAAAAGUAAAUCCAGAAGGUCAAGAGUUAUAUAAAAAAAUGGUGAAGAUUGAAAAAAAAUACGGGAUAGAUCCAGAUGAUAAGGAGGGUGAAGAUAUUUAUAACUUGGACAGGGCUUUCUAUUGGCUUAAUCGUAUAAAAGAAUGUGUAAGUACAACUGAAGAAAAAGAAAUACUGCUAGGGUUAUACCAAAUUGAAGUUCUAAGAAAUCCAGAAACAAUAACAAAUGAAAAAAACCUCGAAUUAUCAAUAGGUAAGGAAGCAAGUCCUGAUGGCGAACCAAACAACUUAAAUUCGGAAGAUGAGCGAAAAAAUAAGAAAAAUUUACCAAAGGAGAAGACUACAACUACUACAACAACGACUUCGAAGAAUAAGUCGGAAAACAAGAAAAGGUCGACUGUUGAAAAAGCGGCUUUAUCCGAUUUAAGUGAUGAACCAGAUUUAGAAGAGUUGCAAAAAAGGCAGAAAUCAACCAAAAACUCCACGAAGAAAGUAAGUAAGAUUAAUAAAAAAACUGUGUCAUCAGAUUCAGAGAGCGAAUCAAGCUCAAAAGAUAAGUCAAAUUCAGAAGAUGGGUCUCCAAAAAGAAAGAAGAAGUCAAAGUUAGCUAAAGCAGAUUAA